AUGCUUAUCAGGCAGCUAAUAACUAGGAGAGUUUGCUCUCCCUUGUUAUGGAAUAAUAAGACAUGUUUUUCGAGAUCUUUUACUGUCUCAGGAUUCUCAAAUGACUAUCAUAAAAAUACAGAAGCUAUAGACCCCUAUAAACGUGUUGUUCCUAAACUUUCUACGUUUUAUUCUGCGAAUCCAAUCCAUGAAGACGUGAUUAAUAGACUAGAAAGUCUUUUACGUAAAUAUAUAAAACUUCCCACUAUUAAAUCACAACCGAGUUCACAGCUGCAACAAAAGAGAACUUCAUGGUUGUCGUUUGAAGAUUAUGCUUUAAUCGGAGGUGGGACAAGAUUAAAGCCAAUACAUUAUACUCAUCUAUUAACGCUUUUAAACAGGUUGAAUAAUAUUGAUCCACAAUUGACUAAUGACGAAAUAAAAAUGAAUUAUCUUAUUUCUAAUAAAAAAAGUUCAAUUCAAGCAAAUCAAAAUGUAAUCAAAACGUUAGAUGAACUGGGGAGAAGUGUAGCCAUUGGUAGAAGGAAGGCUGCUUCGGCAAAAGUAUAUGUGGUAAGGGGUCAAGGAGAUAUCCUAGUCAACGGUCGUCAACUGAAUGAUUACUUUGUCGAAUUAAAGGAUAGGGAUUCCAUUAUGUAUCCAUUACGUGUCAUUGAUUCUGUCGGUAAAUAUAAUAUCUUUGCGACUACCUCUGGUGGAGGUCCAACGGGACAAGCUGAAGCUAUAAUGCAUGCUAUUGGUAAGGCAUUGGUUGUAUUUAAUCCGUUAUUGAAAUCGAGAUUACAUAAAUCUGGAGUGUUAAGUAGAGAUUAUAGACACGUUGAGAGAAAGAAACCUGGUAAGAGGAAGGCCAGAAAGAUGCCUAUGUGGGUCAAGAGAUAG